AUGGGAAACAUCAUUAAAAAUGAUCAAUUCAAAAAAGGACUCUAAGAAUUGCUCUAAAACAAGAAAUUCAAGAGAACCCUCAAAAUUAUCUACAAGGAAAAAAAAAACCAAAUAUUAAGUGUACAAUCAUGCCAAAUUUUUGACAACGACUUCUCCAUUAAACAACGUUUGGAUCAGAGAGAAGGAAUGCCUAUCAUCUUCGAACACAAUUGCAAAAUCCUUUUGGAUGUUACAGAAAGACAAAGAUAUUUUGAUUCUUGCACUCUCUGCAAUAAAAAGAUAAAAUGGGAUCGUAGUCUGAGCUUCUGUCCCAAUUGCAAACAAGAAACCACAUAUCAGCUUGCAUACUGUCUCGUUGUUAAAAUUAUUGAUCAAAUUUCGGAGGAUAAUUAAGUCACUUAUAAAGCAACCAUGUUUGGAGAAGCAGCCAAAUAUUUGGGCAUUUCAGCUAAAGAUUUCUCCAACAUGAGUCAUGAUUCACAAAACGAUUAUUUAAAAAACAUAAAUGAACAGAAAUCCCACAUUGUACAUUCACUUAAAUUGGAAUUCAAAAAAAAUUUAGUCAUUCAGGAAAUUUUAACUUAAGCAAUCUAAUGA